AUGGUCUACCCUGAAACUUUUACUGGUCUUGGUGUCGUCGACUUUGACGAUCAUCUCCACCCUAAGACUUUUGAAUUCACUCCUCGCGAGUUCCGCGAUACUGAUGUUGACAUUGAAAUCCAAGCCUGCGGUGUUUGUGGUUCUGAUAUCCACGCAGUUGGCGGCCACUGGGGCCGUCCCUACUGCCCUGUUGCUGUUGGCCACGAAAUUGUGGGCACAGUCGUCAAGAUUGGCCCCAAUGCUAAGGCUGGAAUUAAGCUUGGUGAUCGUGUUGGUGUUGGUGCUCAAUGCGAUAGCGAUGGCACCUGCAAAACAUGUUGCCGUGGUCUCGAAAACAACUGUGCCCAAAAUAUUUGGACCUACUUUGGCAAGGAUGUCAAAACUGGAAUCAAUACUAUGGGUGGUAAUGCAUCACACAUUCGCGUCAACUCCAAGUUUGCUUUCAAGAUCCCCGACAGCCUGGAAACAGCCUAUGUAGCCCCACUUCUGUGCGGUGGUAUCACAGGUUUUAGCCCUCUUCUCCAGCACAAGGUAGGCAAAGGCACUCGUGUCGGUGUGGUUGGUAUUGGUGGCAUUGGCCACAUGACUAUUCUUUUUGCAAAGGCAUUGGGUGCCGAAGUCACUGCCAUUUCACGAUCGCGUUCUAAGGAAGCUGAUGCUAAGAAGCUAGGAGCCGAUCACUAUGUUGCAACUAGCGAUCUUGACGACCUGGAAAAGCACAAGGAUACUCUUGACAUUAUAGUCAACACUGGAAGUUCCUUUUCUGGGAGCAAUUUUACUGCUGUCCUUUCUCUCUUAAUUGCCCGCGGCACCCUGGUAUUCAUUACUGCACCUCCUGCUAAUGAGAAUAUUGAGAUUGCUCCUCUUCUGCUGCUUUCCAGAAACAUUGCAGUUCAGGGCUCAGGUAUUGGCUCUCCUGAAGAAAUUGAAUUUAUGCUGGACUUUGCUAGCAAGCAUAAUAUCAAGCCUUGGGUUGAGCAGAUUGACCUUAACGAGGAGAAUCUUGGUAAAGCUUGGGAACGUGUCGAAAAGGGCGAUGUCCAUUAUCGCUUUACCAUGGUCAACUACGACAAGUUCUUUAAGAAAUAA